AUGGACGGCUUCAAUUCUUUUAAUGGCAAGCCAGCCUCGAAUGGCUCUGGAUCCCAAGGUGACGCUGGCUCUCAAGGGGCGCCUGGUGUAAACCCCGCUGGGCUCCCUAUCCCUCCCGCUAAUGGACAGGGAGGCAGCGAAAUGGCCCCAGUGUUCCAGAAUGAUUCUGCACGCCAAACUCUAUGGAUGGGUGAACUUGCACCAUGGAUGGACGAGAACUUCAUCCGCACUGUCUACAAUAGCGCCAUGAAUGAGAAUGUUCAAGUAAAAAUCAUUCGUGAUCGACACUCUGGCAAUGCUGGCUAUUGUUUCGUCGAGUUUUCCACCCCUGAAGGGGCCCAAAAGGCUCUCCAGCUGAAUGGAUCCCCCAUCCCCAAUACCGACAGACUGUUCCGCCUCAACUGGGCUUCUGGUGGCGGAUUGGUUGAUCGUCGUGAUGAUCGUAGCCCCGAGUAUUCCAUCUUUGUUGGCGAUCUCGGGCACGAGGUUAAUGAGUUUGUCCUUGUUGCCCUCUUUCAGAACCGGUUCCCAUCCUGCAAAUCAGCAAAGAUCAUGACAGAUCAGCAGACUGGGCAGUCUCGCGGCUAUGGAUUUGUACGCUUCUCAAACGAAGAGGACCAGCAGCGUGCACUCACUGAGAUGCAAGGCGUCUAUUGUGGUAAUAGGCCUAUGCGCGUGUCUCCCGCCACUCCUAAGAAUCGCGGCCACCAGGGAAACCAUUAUAACCAGUUCGGCGGCGCUCAACAAAUGGUGCCUGCUCCUCAAGCUCCUCAUCACGGUGCGAUGGGUGGCGCGGCGCCUUGGAUGGCCCAGCCCCAACAGUCCUAUGGCUACCAACCUGCUGGAACUUUCAAUCCCAUGGCGAUGAACCAAUUCACCGACCCGAAUAACACGACCGUCUUCGUUGGUGGCUUAUCUGGCUACGUUACCGAGGAUGAGCUACGUUCAUUCUUCCAAGGUUUUGGAGAAAUCACCUACGUCAAGAUUCCCCCUGGAAAGGGCUGCGGAUUUGUUCAAUUUGUCCAUCGGCAUGCUGCAGAGAUGGCUAUCAAUCAGAUGCAGGGCUAUCCCAUCGGAAACUCACGAGUUCGCUUAUCUUGGGGCCGAUCGCAGAAUAACUCGGGUGUCGGCACCCCUUAUCGCCCUGCUCCUCCCCCUCCCCACUAUUUCCCUCCGGGUCCAACUGGACCCGCUGGCCCUCCUGGCCCUGGUGCCUUUGGCGGCGCUUUCGGUGGUAGCGCUCAUCAGGGCCCUCCCGGUGGACUUGGACCUCAGGAUAUAAUGCUGACCUGUCACAGUGAUCCUUCUUUGCACAUUUUGCAUCACGGCGUCCUGCGUUUCUGGCGUUACGGCCCGGUCAAUUGUUGA